GCCAACGCCCGACGAUUUCCCAGCAGAUAGCUUCCCCGUCGCCGCCUGCGUAACACGAAUCCCGCAGCAACUGUUCACCCCCAUCUUACCUUUUCCUCGUCGCGCUCCCCCGUCAAGGUUUGCGACCACUUGGAGCUCCAAAGUGCUGAGCACAAGUGCGCUGGCUAGACGGAUCCAGAGGUAGUACCCAACACAAUGCGCAGCUCGUCAGCGAGGCGCUUUUUCACUUGCACUGGGCGCGGGCGUUACAGUGGUGGCACAUCCUCGCCACCCACCACUGCGUGCGAUCCUGCCCGCCCUCCGCCUCCGUCCCGUUCCGCUCUGCUUCCUCCUUGCCUUCCACCUCCUCCCCCGACUAGGGGGCCACAUGUGAACCCCACCCUCCCCCUCAGAAAUCGUGGGGGGUAGGGGUAGGGUUCACGUGUGGCCCCGUACCGACGGACCACGUUGUCUGGCUGGACAACGGACGCCGAUGGUGUGACAGUUCCACCCCGCAGGUAUACAUCCAGGCCGCCUGCAGGCGUGCGCCGUCUUGCGCACGGAGGCUGUCCGCGACGCCCGCCGCGGCGCCGCCAGCGCGGGCGGCUGCUGCCCCGGCGGCCACAGGCGUCGGGGGCUCCGUUCGACCCAUCGCGGUUGCGGCCUACACAGUGUGGCACUGCGACAUGGCGCCAAUGUGCACCAACGGCAGCCAAGACACGCCCGGGCUAGGCCGUUUCCACUGCGCCCGCUGCAGUCACGACCUCUGCGAGAAGUGUUACGUGGCCUCGCUGAGCCAGGAGCGCAGCGCGACGCCGGCCGCUCGCGAAGCGGCCCUCGUGCAGCCGCGGCACGCCGCCAGGGAGGGGCCCGGCGUCUCAUGCGCCCACCGAGACGCAGCCAGCCGACCGCGGCCGCCAUCGCCGCCGGCGUACGCCAGGCCCUCGCGGCCAGGGGGCCUCGCCAAGACCAGGCUGACCCGCAGGCGCCCCGCCGCCGCCAGGGCAGCCGACCCGCCGGCCGCGAUGCCGCUCGGCGCGGGCGGCGGCGGCGCGAGGGCUCCGCCGCACACGUCGCUGCUGCAGAGGGAGGCCGAGCGCGGCCUCCAGGCGCGGCUGCUGCAGCGCUACCAGGGGAAGCUCGGGGCGCAGGAGAUGAGGGACACAUCUGGAUCCUCGCAGGUGUCGGCCUGCUCGACGGCGGCGCCGCUGUCGCUCCCCACCACGGCGAGGUCGCCGUCGCGCCCGGAGGAGGGCAACGAGAUCUUGAGGCUGCCGCAACUCCCGAGCCCGCGCGCCUCGCAGGCGGCGGCGCCCGACGUCGGCGGCGCGGCGUCGCAGAGGUGGUGGAUGCCCAGCACGGAGCAGCCUCGGACACCGCGGCUGGCGGAGCGCGCGCCGCGGCUGGAGGA